AUGGAGGGAUUUAUUAUCACAGAAAAUGAAGGUCUUGAUCAAGUAAAAAACCUUAACUGUGAUAAACCUUCUGCUCCUGAUGGUGUUUCCUCUAAAAUUUUGAAAGAAAUUAAAGUUGAAAUUGGUGAUUUACAUUCAGUUCAUUAUACAAAUGGCUGUACAACUGAAAGGGUCAAGAAAACAGUCAUUGCAGGAAUGAUUAUUUUUUCUGUAUCCUACAUUAUCAUUGAAAUCGGCCUUACAGCACCAAAAAAUUUGAUUUCAAUUGUUGGCAUUGUAGUAAUGGUGAUUGGGGCGUAUGGUUUUUCUAGAUAUCCGUCUGAAGUUAAAUGGAAACCAGUCUUGAAUGGAAUGUUUCUGCAAUUUGUAUUAGGAAUAAUUAUUUUAAGAUGGGACAUUGGAUACCAAAUCACUUCUUGGUUAGGUGACAGAUUUAUAGAGUUCCUAGGACAUUCAAAUAAUGGAGCAAUUUUCGUAUUUGGAGAAGCAUAUGAAAAACAUCCAUUUGCAAUGAAGGUUUUGCCAGUUAUUAUAUUUGUUAGCAGUAUGACCUCUAUAUUGUACUACCUAGGAGUGAUGCAGUUUAUUCUACGACACAUCGCUACGUUUUUGUCGAUCUCUCUUGGUACAUCCCCAACUGAGUCGUUGAGUGCAGCAGCUAGUAUAUUCCUUGGACCGACGGAGGCACCAUUGUUAAUCAAGCCAUAUAUUGAAAGUCUAACAAUGUCUGAGCUAUUCGCCGUUUGUACAGGGGGAUUUGCUACCAUUGCAGGAGGCGUGAUGGCUGCCUACAUUAUUUUUGGGGUACCUGCAAAUCAUUUAUUAGCGGCUUCAGUGAUGUCAGCACCAGCUGCUUUAGCCGUAUCAAAACUCUUUUGGCCGGAAACAGAAAAAAGUAGGACCAGACGAAAAGACGUUUUUAACAUGGAAAAAAGGUGCGAGAGAAAUAUAAUCGAAGCAGCUGCAAACGGAGCAUUAGAUACUAUCUAUAUAAUUGCUAGCAUUAUGGUGAAUUUGAUUGCAUUUCUAUCUAUUUUGGAAUUGGUAAAUUUAACACUGAAAUGGUUCGGGGAGAGAAAUGGUUUAGAACCUCCAUAUAUAGAUGAUACAUUGACCUUUCAGUUCAUCUGUUCCUACGUCUUUUAUCCAUUGGCAUUCGUAUUAGGUGUUGAUCCCAUCGAUUGUAGAAGAGUUGCAGAACUUAUUGGGAUCAAAAUUUUUGUGAACGAGUUUAUAGCAUACCAAUCGUUAUCAGUUUACAUAGAUAACCGAAAGAAUUUAACAUGGUACGAAAAUGUGUUUAAUUCAACACUGAACAGCACAUGGCAUUCCAAUGGGAAUGACAUAGUAUAUGAUAACUUAAACAUCACUUUAGAAAAUGGAAUUCUUCAAGAUAAAUCCGUUGUUAUAUCUACGUAUGCAUUGUGUGGAUUUGCCAACCUCUCUUCAAUUGGAUUGACACUGGGAGGAUUAGGAGCAAUUGCCCCUUCUAGAAAAGGUGAUUUGACACAGGUUGUAUUGAGGGCGAUGAUAGCUGGCAAUAUUGCUUGUUUUAUGACAGCUUGCAUAUCAGGUAAUUAUUAUAGUUAUUGUGAAAAAAAACAAUGA